GCGAGUCAGUUCGCUGGUUCCCUCCCUCCCCGGGCGCGCUCGGGCCGCCGCUGCGCUCCCCGCCCUCGAGCCGCGGAGCCGGAGCCGCCCGCCGCCGGAGGAGGAGGCGGAGGGAGCCGGAGGGGCCCGCCGAGGCGGCGGCGGCGGCGGCAAGAUGGCGGACUUCCUGCCGUCGCGGUCCGUGCUGUCCGUGUGCUUCCCCGGCUGCCUGCUGACGAGCAGCGAGGCCGAGCAGCAGCGCAAGUCCAAAGAGAUCGACAAAUGCCUGUCGCGGGAGAAGACCUACGUGAAGCGGCUGGUGAAGAUCCUGCUGCUGGGCGCGGGCGAGAGCGGCAAGUCCACUUUCCUGAAGCAGAUGCGGAUCAUCCACGGGCAGGACUUCGACCAGCGCGCGCGCGAGGAGUUCCGCCCCACCAUCUACAGCAACGUGAUCAAAGGUAUGAGAGUACUGGUAGAUGCUCGAGAGAAGCUUCAUAUUCCUUGGGGAGAUAGCUCAAACCAACUCAAUGGAGACAAGAUGAUGGCAUUUGACACCCGGGCCCCAAUGGCAGCCCAAGGAAUGGUGGAAACUCGGGUUUUUUUACAAUACCUUCCUGCUAUAAGAGCAUUAUGGGCAGACAGCGGAAUACAGAAUGCCUAUGACCGUCGUCGAGAAUUUCAACUGGGUGAAUCUGUAAAAUAUUUCCUGGAUAACUUGGAUAAACUUGGAGAACCAGAUUACGUUCCAUCACAACAAGAUAUUCUGCUUGCCAGAAGACCUACCAAAGGCAUUCACGAGUACGACUUUGAAAUUAAAAAUGUUCCUUUCAAAAUGGUUGAUGUAGGUGGUCAGAGGUCAGAGAGGAAACGUUGGUUUGAAUGCUUCGACAGUGUGACAUCGAUACUUUUCCUUGUUUCCUCAAGUGAAUUUGACCAGGUGCUUAUGGAAGAUCGACUGACCAAUCGCCUUACAGAAUCCCUGAACAUUUUUGAAACAAUCGUCAAUAACCGGGUAUUCAGCAAUGUCUCCAUAAUUCUGUUCUUAAAUAAGACAGACUUGCUUGAGGAGAAAGUACAAAUUGUGAGCAUCAAAGACUAUUUCCUAGAAUUUGAAGGGGAUCCCCACUGCUUAAGAGACGUCCAAAAAUUCCUGGUGGAAUGUUUCCGGAACAAACGCCGGGACCAGCAGCAGAAGCCCUUGUACCACCACUUCACCACUGCUAUCAACACGGAAAACAUCCGCCUUGUUUUCCGGGAUGUGAAGGAUACUAUUCUUCAUGACAACCUCAAGCAGCUUAUGCUACAGUGAUGUACAAAAGACUCGCUAUUGUAAUACCUUUUUGUGUUUUUGAUUGUUUUCUGUUUGUUUUGUUUUUUUAAAUAGCAGUUUACAACAGGAAUUAGAAAAAUCUUGAUUCUGUGUUUAACUUCUUGGAAAUCUUAGUCUUUUUUUUCCUGUGGCCUUUGGUUUGUGGCUGAAAGCUAUUGAAUAACUCUCGCCAAGAUUUGUUGAAAUGCAGGCUGUAAUCUGUUUCACCAUGGCUCCCCCUGAAGUGAGUUAUAACUUCCUGGCCAGCCUCAGACUAGGUAUAUUUCAGGCUUUAAAUCCUUCCACUUUUCAAACUGAAUCCGCCUAUAGUGCCAAGUACAGAAAGUGUCCUUCACUACUGUAGGUAUGAGGUGAGGGAUUCUAACAGUUCUAAACAAGUAAGAUACCUUCUGUCUGCCUUACACAGAGCUACUCUUGUUGUCUAGUUUUUUUAUGGUGACCUCCUAUUUUGAAAGGGCUGUUGGAAAAAAGUUUGACCUAAGGAAUGGCAUUCUAUAGACUUACACAGGUUUAGCCUUAUUUUUUUUUUUUUAAUUCCUUAUACACAAAAUUGUUAUUAAAUUUCUGUGGUUUCUGAAGGUGUGAUGUUCUUAGUGUUUUAAAGUUUACAUAAAGAUUUCUGGUCUGAUGCUGGUGACAAAGUUCACAAGUGGCACAGGGGAGCAAAAGGCAAGCAAUGCUGUAUACAGUGCUCUGAUCACAAGCAACAAGUGAAAUAGAAUUUGCCCCUCUCAUUUCAUUAUUAUGUAACUUAAUGUGCCAUUUGUGACACAUUCUGGCCAUAGCAGCAACUAAAAACUGCAAGCAACUUGGUAACAGAACUUUCUAAAUAAAGUUACCUAUCCCAGAAUGUUAUGUGUUUUACUCUUAAGUCCAGCUCAGUUGAUUUGGUCUUUCCUAUAGGAAAUCAGUGUGGUGUCAUCACGAACAUCUCUUUCUGUCCUGUCUGUUCCCGUCCACUCCAAACUGCGGGAUUUUUUCUUGUUUAUUUGGAGCUUACCAAGGGCUGUGUUUUCCUGUCAGACUAUUGAAGAAGGCAUUUGAGAUUCCUAUUCAUUCUUGGUGUGUCUUUCACAGCUAUAGUAUAUACACAUUUGUAUAAUUAUUGUUUAUGAAAGGCCAGCUUUUUUGAGGUGUAUUUUAAAUGUUUUAAGGAUGCCUCUAAGGAUAAGUAGUAAUUUUUUUUUAGUUUACAUCUAAGGAUUUGACCUCCCCACACUGCUUAUCAAAUUAAAAUUUACCCAUGAGUUAGCCUUGUGAUUACAAAUUCGUUCCUAGUGAACUCAUCAGAAUGGCUUAUAGGUUAUAUGCAGUGAGGACAGUUUGAAAAGUCUGACAACUUUGCUUUUCCUGAAAAUUCUGAGUAAGACUGUGAUAUCUGUUCCUUUACUGUAUGUUCUCAGGUAUUUUAUCAGUCCUUAAAUGAUUGGUCAACACUGUAGAUCAACCAGCCUUUGCAAGCCAACGGUUCUUGUUCUGUCUUGCUGUGUGGUAUGAGAGGAGGGCUUUUCAGUGAGCUCACCAGGGGUUGUUCUGGAAAUACCUGACUUUCUUGCAUUUGAAGUUCCACUGUCAUCAUAUCCAUGUAACUUGCAGUGUUUUCAUGCCAUGGUAAGACGGGAGCUACAGAUGAAAUAGAGUGACAUACUCACAGUAUAGGUGUUCCUAGUAUAAUUUGUGCUGUGUUUGAAUAGUUCCACAUCUAGUGCUUCUUGCCAAAAAGAAUACAUUGUUUAUAAUUUACAAGGUUAGCAUAAUUUCAGUGCUAAUGAAUAUCUGAAUAUGUACACAGUCACGUUUGGACUGUUUGUGGAGAGUCUAUGUAUGAAUUGAGCAAAUAAUCUUUACUGAAUGGCCAAAACAUUUAACCCCCAGUGGAGAUUGAAGUUAGAUUCCUUCAGAAAGAGGACACUUGUCUUAUUCAAGAUCUCUGAUAGGAAUAAUUGCCUGACAAAGCAUACAUUGCCAAGUUUCUUCUCCAUGUUAACUUACCACCAAAAACUCGUAAAAUACCAACCAAAAAGGUACAGUAUUAUUUCUGGCAUUUGCAGUUUCUUCGCUAAAGUGUGUCAUGUCUGAGAGUAUAGAAUAUAUUCUAAGGCAGUAAAUUCCUUCUGUUAAUUUAAGCUUGUUCAGACAGACAUUCACUAGACAUGGAAGGGUCAAUCUGAAGGCUGUGGCCCACAUCCUCUUACACGCCGUGCUGUGAGACCAUUGGAAGGAGCCAUAACCUGUAUCAUGAAAACUAGAUCUUUUUGAAAUACAAGUGUAUGAAGAGGGAGAUAAAAUGUAGUGAAUGGAAAUCUUCAUGUGCCACCUUCCCUCCAGUCUCCAAAACAGUAAUUUACAUUUCAAAUCUUUUGGUGUGUGUUUGAUUUGCUAAAUCAUUAUGGUUCUGAUUUGCGAUAAAUGUGCCUCUUUCUCUAUGACAUGCUGUUCUUAAAUCUGAAUGCCUUCUCUUUUAAUUUUGAAGAAAUAUCACACAAGUGUCUUCAUUGACCUUGAAGGAAUGUCUAGGAUACAGAGUUGCCUUACAAAGCACGAACACCACAAAUUUAACCUUAAUUUUUAUAGGGAAAGGGUUUUGCCUAAUGUUUUCUGAAGAUCUAAAUGAUACAAGGCAACCCCUGCCGCUUAAUCAUUAUUUGUAAUAACCUGAAUUUCUUACUGUCUGCCAAAUACCACAUUAAAUUGAAACCUUCGUUUCAAUGGUGUUAUCUGGAAAGGGUACUUGAUCGCCAGAGUGCAACUGCAAACCAAAGAAGGCAACGUGGAAUAAAGAGGAUGAUUUUGUCUCAUUCUAAGUUGCACUGGCAUACACUUUACAUAGAGAGGGUCCUCUGAUCAGUCUCUCAUAUUAGAGCCAUUUGGGUAACCUCUCUUCAGUUGGUGGCAGUGGUUUGUUUAAAGUAGAAGGAAGUAAGAUCACCUUAAUACCAGAAAUAAUUAGAAAACAUGAUAAAAGAUUCAACAGAAAUCAUACGCCCUUACAGUUUUUUUUUAAAGGAAUGAGGAAAUCUUAACUUUCAAUAUAUGCCCAAAUCUUUGUAUUUAUGCUUUUGAUAGACUGUAUUUUCAGCACUAGCACACAUAUCCGGUUAUGCCUUAUUUAUGUGAAGAAUAAAGUUAACCACGUUAUGCUGUUAUGUCCUGAAGCUCAAAUCACUAUUUGAGAAACCCUCAAAUUGGUGCUUCCAUUGUAUAAUGAUACAUUUAGACAAAACCCCAAACCAAGUCAUUUGAAACAAGAUUCUCUCCCUUGCAACUUGUAGCAACGUUCUUUCUGUGUAUGUAACGAGAAGGCUAACUAUCAGUGUUAACUCUUAAUUUCUCUCUUGAAUCCACGCAAUCAUGUCUGUAAAGCCCAAACAUUUGUAACAAACUCCCUAAUAAAUUUAGAGAAAGUCA